AUGAAAACUCCAGAGGUAAAAAGUUCUACGGCAAAAAUUCCCAAGAUGAAAACUCCAGAGGGAAAAAGUUCUCAGGCAAAAAGUCCUACGGCAAAAAGUACUCCAGCAAAAAUUCCCAAGAUGAAAACUCCAGAGGCAAAAAGUUCUACGGCAAAAAGUCCUACAGCGAAAAUUCCCAAGGUGAAAACUCCCGAGGCAAAAAAUGAAAACUCCAGAGGCAAAAAGUUCUACGGCAAAAAGUCCUACAGCGAAAAUUCCCAAGGUGAAAACUCCCGAGGCAAAAAGUUCUACAGUAAUAAGUCCUACAGGAAAAAUUCCCAAGAUGAAAACUCCAGAGGCAAAAAGUUCUCUGGCAAAAAGUCCUACGGCAAAAAGUACUACAGCAAAAAUUCCCAAGAUGAAAACUCCAGAGGCAAAAAGUCCUAUGGCAAAAAGUCCUACAGCGAAAAUUCCCAAUGUGAAAACUCCCGAGGCAAAAAGUUCUACAGUAAAAAGUCCUACAGGAAAAAUUCCCAAGAUGAAAACUCCAGAGGCAAAAAGUUCUAUGGCAAAAAGUCCUACGGCAAAAAUUCCCAAGAUGUAAACUCCAGGGGCAAAAAGUUCUACAGUAGAAAAUCCUACAGCGAAAAUUCUCAAGAUGAAAACUCCAGAGUUCAUUUUCUGAAUAAUACUAAUAAUAAUAAUAAUAAUAAUAAUAAUAAUAAUAAUAAUAAUAAUAAUAAUAAUAAUAAUAAUAAUAAUAAUAAUAAUAAUAAUAAUAAUAAUUAA